AUGAUUCUCCGGACGUCUCUCUUCGUCUUCCUCGCGCUUCUGGCUCUUGGGUUUGCGGCCGAUCGUGAACAGGAGCAAGCUGCGGGCAUUGACGACAAUGCAAAGGCAGCUUACUUCGUCUUGCCGAGCGCUGGAUACGUCUUCGCGCUCAACGUGGCGACGAAUGGCGACGUCUACUAUCACAUGAAUGCUCCGGCGAAGAGCAGCUGGAUGGGAGUCGGCUUCGGCAGCGACAUGAAGAACACGCGCAUGCUUAUCGCAUACAUCGCAGAGGAUGGACAUUACCUCACUAACACUGCGCGGAUGGCCACGGGUCACUCAGAACCCGAGUGGGAGUCUGAUAUUGUCAUCGAAGAGGUACACACCGAUACUUAUGCGCCAUUCUCGAACACCUUGAGCCCGGACGGCAUCAUGAUCACGCAUGCAGUAUGUCGGAACUGUUCCAGCUGGUUGGGCGGAUCGAUCGAUGUCAACAACGAAGCACAACCUUUCAUCUACGCCCUCGGCCCAAACACGACACUCCGCUCCAACGAUAAGAACGCACCACUACGACUCCACGCUUCCUAUGGAACAUUCAACCUCAACAUGACCGUCGCGACCAGCAACACCACAUACGGCCGUGUUCCAGCUCCUCAAGAUCCAGGUCUGCAGGUCGGCGAAGGGUUCUGGGCAUUUGCGAACUACUUCUCCUCCACGCCAUACAACCUGGGCACGUUAGCCGAGUGGGCGCCAGUAGCACACGCAGUCUUCAUGUGUAUCGCAUUCCUGCUCAUAUUUCCGCUCGGCGCAAUUUCUCUGCGACUGGUUCGACGAGCUUUCGUACAUGCUGCAGCCCAAAUGAUGGGCAUUGCGUUUGUCGUGAUCGGACUUGGCCUGGGCGCAUACGCCUCUUCGCUGUACAAUAAGUCGAAGCACUACAACUCUGCCCAUCAGAUCGUCGGACUCCUAGUCUUUGCCGCUCUCUUCUUGCAGGUUGGCCUUGGCCUAGCCCACCACAUGGUCUUCAUGCGAUCAGGAAUGCCUACAAUCAUGGGCAAGAUCCACCGCUUCCUCGGCAUCUCCAUCAUGCUCCUAGCGGUUGUCAACGGCGGACUAGGCUUCCAGUUCUCCGGUCGCUCAAGUACAGCCUAUGCAGCCGUUGUAGCCGUCAUGGUCGUCAUCCUUGGUGGUGUCACUCUCCUAGUAUGGCGAUACAACCGACAACACAUGUACAAGCCCGAGAAGGAAUCAUACCCAUCAGCUCCAGAAUACUCAGACCGGCCUGGAGAGUACGAGAUGCGCAGUGCGCCUUUCGCUCCGAUCAGCAAUGUCUACACGCCGCGAACGCCGCACUUUGCAGCGCCAAAGCUGGAUGAUCCAGAGAAUUAUCGCCAGCAUCUUGUGAGAACGAAUACCAGCCAGACACUGGGUCAGGACAGCAUGUAUAUGGAUACGCCUGCGUCUGAUAAGGAUAAUCCGUUCAAGGCGAAGUGGGAAGCUGUGCCGUUACGAGGAUGUCUGCAUGUUUUUUGA